AUGGCCAUGUGCAGCGGCGCGAGCCUGGCCCUGCUGGUCUACGGGAUAAUGGUGCACAGCAGCGUCUACUGUUCACCUGCCGCCGCAGGAUUGCGCUUCCCGGGAAUCAGGCCGGAGGACGAGGUGUACGAUGAGGACGCAAACCUGCUGCAGGACUUCUACGAUUCGGAUCCACUUGGAAUAGGCAGCCCCGCCUCCGUGCCGCAGGACGCAUCGACCCUCUACUACCCGGCGGACGAGAGAGAUGUCGCCCGAGGGAUCCUUAACAAGGCCUAUCGCAAAGUGCUGGACCAGCUGUCCGCCAGAAAGUACCUGCAAUCGCUCGUGGCCAACAGCGCGGGUGGAAACUUGGGCAUCGGCGCAGAUGAGGACUGGAAGCCCCUCUCCAAGCGUCACUCAGACGGGAUCUUCACCGACAGCUACAGCCGCUACAGGAAACAAAUGGCUGUCAAGAAAUACUUGGCUGCCGUCCUAGGGAAAAGGUAUAAACAAAGGAUUAAAAACAAAGGACGCCGAAUAGCCUAUUUGUAG